GAAAUAGGUUAUCCGCUAGAUAUACGCUAGAGGUUAACCAAUGUAUGAAUUGUCGUUUUAUUUAUGGAUUCAGAGUAUCAGAAAGAGGUUUAGGGAGUUCAAGAGGGUUAACUUUGGAUCUGUUGCGACCCAUUCUCGUUUAUCACGUGACAGAGCUUACAAAAGUAACGAACGGAGAUGUAACCGCAAUGAAUACGGAUCAGAACAGAGGGUGGUUAGUAUCUAUUAUAAAAUACUAUCAAAUGUGCUAUUUGUAAUAAUUUCAAUCUAUCGGAGGCCUCUUUUCAAAUCUAGGUAUUUCCGCAUCUUCGUGCCCCAUCUGCCAUAACUGAAAGAACAAUAAGCUAACAAUUCACAAUAUGCAACAAGAACAUGCAACAUGGAUAGCCACAGGUACCAUAAUAACCACAACAGACACAUGUAGCCUCUGCGAUAUUGGAAACUGAAUAGCU